UUCAAUCGGAAAGAACGGAUUUUGUCGUUGGAAAAUGGAAGAGAAAUACGACACAGCGCUUCUUGGCAUUCUACAGAAUGAAGGAAAAGUGGAAAAGUUUCUUAAUGUGAUUUUAGGCUUUCUUUAUCGGAGAACUGACUUCUAUAGAUUAAUGAAAAGUAAAGAGGACAGACUAGGCUUCCCCCCUGGCAUUGCCUUGAAAAUGCUAACAAGUAUAUUUGAACAGUAUGAUGCAGCAACCAGGCGUGAUGAUGAGGUACGGGAUGCUAAGAAAGUGGAACAGAAAAGAAAUAUCCCUUCACAGAUUAAACCUCUAGUAGAGCAACAGAGAGCAAACACUGGCAAUCAACAAGCGUCUAAUACAGAAAGAUUGACAACACAACCACCUACUGAUCAGUCACAGGGAGAUUCUGCCACACAACAGGCUGAAAGUGUUGCUAAACAGAAUAACAGCAAUGGUGCAAAUAGUGAUUCUAUAAACAAUGAACAAAAAAGGGAAGCAAAUAAAAUAGACAAUUUAAAAUCAGAUCCUAACCAGUCUAAAUCAAAAUCUGAGGAAGACGAUGAUCCUGAAUUAACAAGACAACAACAGAUGUUUCAGAACAAUCCAGAAAGUUAUAAUGGGGCAGUGAGAGACAAUUACAGAUGGGCACAAUCCAUAACAGAUCUUGAUCUCAGAGUUACAGUACCAUCAUAUAUUCGUAAAGGUCGAGAUGUAAAGGUAGAUAUCAGUAAGAAACAUGUGAAAGUGGCCCACAAAGAUGAGAAUGGUCAGUUCAAAGUUGUAAUUGAUGGAGAUCUUACAUGGGAAGUACAAAAGGAUGAAAGCAUGUGGACACUUAAUCCUGGAGAAAAUGUUCAUGUAAGUAUUUCCGAGGUAAUUGACUUGAUGGAACAUCAAAUUACUGAACAAACUUGUACUAAAGGUACUUUAAGUAGUUCGACAUCAAAUUCAGUAGUGUUGGAGUUGAAAAAACCCCUUUUUUUACCUACAGCAAAUGAACAGAAGAUGCAGGACAUGUUAAAGAAUGCAUGGGAUGCUGAAGGUUCUCCAUUUAAAGGCCAACCAUUUGAUCCCUCCAAGUUUUCAAUGGACGAGAGUGGAGUAGUAAACAUGAAACCAAGCUGAAUGUUUCUGUGAAUCUAAACUCAAAUUUGUUAAAAGUUAAUGUUUUAGUCAGUUAUGUUUCAAUCUUUUAUUUACAAGUUUGAUUACUUUAUCUGGAUCAAAGUUGUUGAUAAAAAAAUUGUCACCAGGCAAGUUGUGAAUGCAGAAGUAAGAGAAAAUAUUGACAUAUUGAUGGAGGAAAGAAUUUCAGCACAGAAUAUGAAUAUACGAGUAUGCUAAGAUUGCAAGAGUUUGAUGUAAUUGUUAUUGAAUAAUUUAUAUUCGAGGAGAAAAGUUACUAUUUUUACUGCUUUAAAAAAUAAAGAUAUGAAAGUCUUACUA